UAAAAUAAAGAAAAGGUUAGGCCUAUUAGCUGCGUGCAUAUAUUAUGUAUAAUGCCUAUAAAUAUGUGGCUAACACCAACACAAUAAACAACACACACAACAUGGAAAUGACGAAGCAAAAGAAGCAAGGCGGCAUGAUCACUAUGCCAUUCAUAUUUGCUAAUGAAAUAUGUGAGAAACUGGCGGUGGUUGGAUUUGGUACAAACAUGCUAAGCUACUUAACAAGCGAGCUGCAUCUGCCGCUGACUCAGGCGGCCAACACCCUCACCAACUUCGGCGGCACCUCCGCCAUGACGCCGCUUCUCGGCGCCUUCAUCGCCGACUCCUUCGCCGGAAGAUUCUGGACCAUCACACUCGCUUCAAUCGUAUACCAAAUCGGGAUGAUAAGCUUAACACUCUCAGCAGUUCUACCCAACCUAAGGCCACCCCCUUGCAAAGACGGCGAAGCCUGCGAAGAAGCCGAUUCCGGGCAGCUGGCGGUGCUCUACGUCUCGCUCCUGCUGAAGGCGCUGGGGUCGGGGGGGAUACGGCCGUGCGUGGUGUCGUUCGGGGCGGACCAGUUCGACGAGAAGGAGGCGACGGCGACGUGGAAGUUCUUCAACUGGUACUACUUCUGCAUGGGGGCGUCGAUCCUCGUGGCCAACACGGUCAUCGUCUACAUCCAGGACAACAUUGGGUGGGGGUGGGGCCUCGGAAUCCCCACCGUCGCCAUGUUCCUCUCCGUCGUGGCCUUCGUCGCCGGAUACCGUCUGUACCGGAAACUCGACCCCGCCGGCAGCCCCUUCACGCGGCUGCUGCAGGUCGCGCACGCAGCCUUCCGAAAGAGAAACGUGCGCGUUUCCGAACACACGGUGUUGUACGAGAAUACGGAGAUGGAUGCUCCCAUAUCUAUUGGCGGGAAGCUCCUCCACACUCAAAACAUGAAGUUCUUGGACAAGGCCGCGGUGGUGACGGAGGAAGACAACCUGAAAGCCCCAAACGCGUGGCGGCUGAGCACGGUCCACCGCGUGGAGGAGCUGAAGUCGCUGAUCCGGAUGGGGCCGAUAUGGGCGGCCGGAAUCCUCCUGAUCACGGCGGCGGCCCAGCAGAACACCUUCUCCCUCCAGCAGGCCAAGUCCAUGGACCGCCACAUCACCAAAGGCUUCCAAAUCCCGGCGGCUUCCAUGAGCGUCUUCACCCAGCUCUCCAUGCUCGCCACCAUCGUCUUCUACGACCGCCUCUUCGUCCCCCUCACGCGCCGCCUCACCGGCCUCGAGCGGGGCGUCUCCUUCCUCACCCGCAUGGCCGUCGGCUUCCUCAUCUCCCUGCUCGCCACGUUCGCCGCGGGCUUCAUCGAGAUCCGCCGCAAGCACGCCGCGGCGGCGGCCGGGCUGACGGAGCGGCCCCGCGACGUGAUCCCGAUGUCGGCGCUGUUGCUGACGCCGCAGUACUGCCUCCACGGGAUCGCGGAGGCGUUCAUGUCGAUCGGGCACCUGGAGUUCUUCUACGACCAGGCGCCCGAGAGCAUGCGGAGCACCGCGACGGCGCUGUUCUGGCUGUCGAUCUCCGCCGGCAGCUACACGAGCACGCUGCUGGUGACGGUGGUGCACAGGGUGACGGACUGGCUGCCGGAUUCGAAUCUCAAUAGGGGGAAAUUGGAGUAUUUCUAUUGGUUGAUCACGUUGCUGCAGCUCAUCAAUUUGAUUUAUUACUUGAUCUGCGCCAAAUACUACACGCUUAAGCCGCUUCAGCUUCAUCACGAUGAUGAUGCGCGAGAUCAAGAUGGGGUUGAACUCACGGGAGCUUGAUUUAGCAGUGGGGAUUAAUUAUGAUAGUGUUAGGCUUAUGUGUAUGGAGGAAGAGUUCGUGUUUUUAGAGGGGCAGUUGUGAUGCGCACUUGCGAUUCCACUCCCAUCAGCGUCACUAGUAUUUUGCAUUUGCUUUCAAAUAAUAUUAUCUACCAUUGUAUUUAAUUACAAAUAUGGCGAUUGCCUGGCAAAGUUAGUAAA